GUGGCCAUGACCACCAAAGGGAAAAUGGUCUGUGGGAGAGAUAGAUCAAGGCGUGGCGCAGAGUCUGGUGGCUGGUGGCUGGUGGCUGGUGGCUGGGGGCUUAUACCGAGUAUUCGGCCCAACACACACGGACCUCGGCUCCUCUUCCUCUUCCUCGUCCUCGACCAUGUCGCUUCGCUUCGUAUACGAUCCGCAGAGCUUGGGUUAGUCAGUCGCGGGGGGAAGAACGCGAUCGGUCGGGCCGUGCACAGAUUGGGAGUGUCGGAGAAAAGGACGAGAGAUAGCACUUCGCUCGAUAUACAAUUCUAAAGCUUUUCACGUCCUCACCCUCUCCUCUCCCCAACUGCCACAACCAGUACACGAAAAAUCAUCCAAAAGAGCCUCGGGAGAGCGCAGCCCCCAAGAUGGUUGGAGCGGCAAAGGGGAAAAUCACCCUCUACGUCGACAUUGUCAGUCCCUUUGCCUACCUGGGAUACUAUUUUCUGCGCCACUCCCCCAUCUUCGAGAAUGUGCAAAUCACCUACAUCCCCAUCCUGCUGGGCGGGCUGAUGAAGCUGUGCAACAACAAGACACCCAUCGAGAUCCGCAACAAGGACCGCUGGAUCGACGCCGAGCGGCUGCGCUGGGCCCGCCAAUUCCACAUCCCCAUGUCCGCGCGGUUUCCCGCCGGCUUCCCCAAGCCCACCAUCCAGCUGCAGCGCUUCCUGACCAGUGUCUGGAUGGAGGACCAAGGACAGCGACAGCCCACCCUCACCCGCGCCCUGGAUACGCUGUACGCGGCGCUGUGGACGGACCCCACCGAAGGCGACAUCCCGGACCCGGCGUGUUUCGCGCGCGUCCUGGCCCCCGUGCUCGGCCGGGACGUCGUCGACAGGCACUUGGCGCGACUGGGCGCGGCCGCGGUCAAGAACCAGCUGAUCGCGAACACGGACCGCGCCAUGGGCGACGGCGCGUUCGGCCUGCCGUGGUUCCAGUGUGAGAACGCAAAGGGCCAGGUCGAGGGGUUCUGGGGGUUCGAUCAUCUCGGCCAGGUCGUCCGCUUCAUGGAGCUGGAUGGGAGGGGCGAGGUCAGGGCUUUGCUGUGAUCAAUCACAGCUGGGGAGAAUGGACAAGUGGAGGAAAAAUAAUGGGGGAGAAUGAGACAAAGUGUCGAGUGGCUUGGCCCGAGAAAGGUUGUGUAUGAGUGGGUGGAGUGUGUGCAUGCAGUCGGCCUUUGGGUAGAAAAAGGGAGAAAGUAAGAGGUUUCUCAGUGCGGCGAGCGUGUGUUUAUUGAUGGCUGCACUCUUGUCCAAGUAAUGUUACCGUGCCGAGAUGUUCAUCAGGGUCGGCUUCACCUAGUAACCCCGUUAUCAAGUGCACUCAAUUAGGCCGUUUAUGGGCUCCCUCGGAGCGAAUCUGAAGAUUUGGUGCUUGCAAGACCUCUUCUGAUAUUAUCCAUGCGUGUCUCCAGGAUACCAGCUCUCCA